CUCAGGAAUCCACCGGACGGGCGACUGUCACCUCAGUCUCUCUCCCCGCUAACAUUCCUCCUCCAACCCUACAAUGACUAACGGGGAACUAUUCCACAAAUUUCUUUGCCCUGAAUGUCACGUGGAUCAUUCGAGAAAGGCAGCAAAAAGAGGGAGAGAGAGAGAGAUGUAGUGUUAUCGAUUGGUGGUGAUGGCGGGGGUGCGCUUGUCAAAGCUCGCCUGUUGGAGCCAACAGCUGUGCGUGACGUCACAGAAACAACAUCCAGAUCCCAACAAACAGUGAGUGGAAGCUGUAGUGGAGGUUCCCCGACCCGCUCUCUCACCCUCAGGAUCCUCGCGCUGCCCUCGCCUGGCAUGGCAGACCACAUAAACCAGGACGAGAUUCGAAAGAAGAGGUUGGCUCGGCUUGGGGCAGGCUCUAGUAACAACAGCAAUAAUGGCGAAACAUCCCAAAUACACGUUCCUCAGUCCCCGGGACUUCAAUUAUCUACUUCUCCUCCUGUGUCUUCUCUCUUGCCAUCACCCUCCAAGAGACAGCCACCACCCUCGCCGCUUGAUGUUACACCAUGUAAAAAAGGCAUUGAGCCCAUGGAGGUGGAGAGUAAAGUUGAGUUUAGUAGUGACCUGGAAAAUAGUCCCCACUAUCGCAGUGAUAACAAAAGACACAGGAGUGUAAGCACAAGUGAGGUGACCGACGAGAUGUUGUGGGCAAUGUUAUCCAGUCUUCUCCAGUGUUCUUGGCCAGGUGUUGACAAUAUCUGUCCAGUCACUGUCCAGGUAACUGUUGGAGCAAAAAUGAGUGAAGUGACCUCUCAGGUGCUGAUGGAAGUGUUGCUACAGCUGUGUGGGGGUGAGGCACCGGAGGGUCUGGUAGACCCCAACAUCAACCUCUCUCAGUCACCAGAGCUUAGUGCUUCCCCUACAGGAAGUAGCAACACAACUGAUUUAUCAGAAAUAACAAGACCGAGCCAGCGGCCAGAAGCUUUAGCUCUCAUGUAUCUCCUCCAGACGUACGCACGGGUUAAUAAUGAAGAGAAAGCACAUCCCAAGAGAAGCAGCUCUCCACCCACGUCGACUUUACUGGCAGACGUGAGACGUCAGUGUGUAGCUCACGCCAGCUUGCUCCUCUCAGGUUGUCUAACAAAAUGUGAUCUUCCGGCCCCAUCGCUGCUACUCCACCCUCUGCUAACAGAGUCCCUGCCUCGAGGCUUCCUCUGUGAUCUUAUUCAUCACACUCUAGAACAUGAGAAUAUGUUCACAAAGGUAUUUAGCCUACUUCUUCAGGGAUUAAGCUCAGCCAUGAGGAGCUGUAGUGUCACAUCUCGCACGUACAUGAAAGUGUUUGAGUCACUGGAUCUGCUAACUGAUAUUAAGGUCAACAAUUCAUCAACCCGCCCAAUUUGUAAUCUAAUGGUGUCUGUGAGUAAUUGGUGCACCAAGAGUGAAUCUCAAACAGUUGGUCGGGAGAUUCUUUUUGCAACUCUUCUCGGGCCCUUCCUUGGGCUCUCCGUCUUUGCUGAGGAUGAUCCCCAUGUGGUAGACAAAUUUGUCAAGCACCAGAGUAAUGGAAGAACAGUACCUGAUGGUUUGCAAGAUCUGGCAAGAGAGUUGGAUCACAUGCGUACUUCAAUACUCCACAAGCUCUUCCAUAGUAUGUUGGUAAAUACAAAUUCCCGGGAACCAGUGCUCUCGUUCCUUGCCAAGAUAAUACGUUUCAAUGAGCGCCGUGCCCAGAUUCAUGUAGAAGAACGUCUGGUGGCUGGAGAUGGGCCCAUGAUUAAUUUGCUGUCAGUGCUGCAGCAGCUCUGUUUUAAGGUCAAAUUAGAAAAAGUGGAUCCGUACUACACUGUUCAUCCUGACGCACUGGUUGAUGUAUCAAAAGACUCCCGCCUCUCAAUGACCCAAGAUGAGGUGGAGGAAUGGGUGAAAAAGCUGCGUUCAGGAGAGAGUUUUACAUUCCAAGAAGUAAAUUUUCAUAGUCAAUGUUGGUUUCUGACCCUUCAUGCACAUCACUUGGGAGUGCUGCCAGUCAUGCGCAAGUAUACGCGCCGCAUCCGAGCCAUCCGCGACCUCCAGAAGAUGGUGGAGGAGAUUGAGAGUACAGAAACUCAUUGGGGCAGCCUCCCAGUAGCAGCCAGACAAAGGGAGCUCCUUAAGAAGUGGAAAACACAACUCAAGAAACUCAACAAAUCCAAAGUGUGUGCAGAUGCUGGUCUCUUGGAUGAGAACCUGUUGGAGCGCUGCAUGCACUUUUAUGGUGGCGUGGCUCAGAUUAUAUUACGGGCAUUAAGUGGAGGACCAACUUCCUUGGCUGCUCCAGUGUCGUCACUCGCCGACACCACCACAAUACUCCCUCUUCCGCCCGACUUGCCAGAGCUAUUUGCUGCAUUCCCCGAAUGGUACCUGGAUGAUAUGGCCGAGUUUUUACUGUUUACGCUGCAGUAUGUUCCCAAAGUGCCCAUCAAGCACUUAGAAGAUCCCAUCAUCACCAUGGCGAUUGUCCUCCUGUGUUCACCGUCACACAUCAAGAACCCCUACCUCACGGCUAAACUGGUUGAGAUGAUGUUCAUGUUGACACCGUCAGUGCAGCAACACGUGGACACCUUACACCAGCGUAUUCUUCACCAUCCACUUGCUGAGCAUCUUCCAGUUGCCCUCAUGAAAUUCUACACAAUGGUGGAGUCAACGGGAGCGAGCAGUGAAUUCUAUGACAAAUUUACGAUACGUUACCAUAUUAGUGUGAUAUUCAAGAGCCUGUGGGAAGACAGGCGUCAUCGACAAGCUCUUAUUACAGAAUCCAACUCGGGUAAAGAAUUUGUAAAGUUUGUUAAUCUUCUUAUGAAUGAUACAACUUUCCUGCUGGAUGAAUCUCUAGAUGCUCUCAAGCGUAUCCAUGAAGUACAAGAAGAAAUGGAGCGUGGAACCUGGGCGACACAAUCACGGGAGCAACAACAGAGUCGACAGAGAUUACUAGCAACUGAUGAGAGACAGUGCAGGUCAUAUCUGACUUUAGCAAGAGAGACUGUUGACAUGAUGCAUUACCUAACAAAAGAAGUACCUGCCCCCUUCCUGAGGCCAGAGCUGUGUGACAGGCUAGCAGCUAUGCUCAACUUUAACCUUGCCCAACUCUGUGGACAGAAAUGUGGUAACCUGAAGGUUAGACAAGCUGACAAAUAUGGCUGGGAGCCUCGAAAACUUCUAGAGCAGCUAGUGGACAUCUAUCUGCACCUGGACUCAAACAGAUUUUAUGAGUCAAUAGCUAGCGAUGAGAGAUCCUUCAAGAGAGAAUUAUUUGAAACGGCAGCAUCCAAACUUGAGCGAGCAGUCAUUAAGUGUAGCUCUGAGGUUGCGAAAUUCCGAAGCAUAGGGCAAAAAGCUUAUGGUGUCCAACAGGCUAAUCAGAAGAAGGAUGAAGAUUAUAGUGAUGCACCAGACCACUUCAUGGAUCCUUUAAUGCAGACAUUAAUGGAAGAUCCUGUAGAAUUGCCAUCGGGAGUUGUGAUGGACAGACCCACCAUCGUGAGGCAUCUGCUCAAUGAUCCAACUGAUCCCUUCACCCGUCAGCCUCUCACAGAAGAACAGCUGUUGCCAGCUGAAGCACUGAAAAAGGAGAUCAAUGAUUGGAUUGCAGCUAAGAGUAACCCGAAGAGUGCAUCUUGAGGGCAGGAUGGCAAUAGCUGGACUUGUUGUUCGUAUUGUGGUGUUCAGGUCAGCUGACCAUUCACCGCCUUAGCAAAUGGGUGCAGCUGUACCGACUCGACGGUAGACUGUUGGUGCAGAUGUGAGGUGCACAUCACUGCAAGUUGAAACAUGGCUAAUCUUGCCUAAUUAUGGCUAGACUGUAAUUGUAUGAGUGUCUUUGCCUUCCAUCAUUUAAAAAAAUUUAAUUUUCAUAUGGCUUGAUAUGAAAAGAGAAUAUGCAGCAGAUUGGUAUACAAAGUGUAUAUUGUCAUUUCUUAAAUAUCAUUGGCAUUACUAAUUAUGUAAAUAUAAUGUGUUAACAUUUUCUAUUGAAAAUUGUUGGUUUUUAUUUAUUUUUUUUAAAUAGAAGCAAAAUUAAAAAGCUUAUUCAUUGUUUAGCAAUUCAUAUAUUUGUUUAUUUACAUGUGUUUUAUCAAACAGUGGCAGCAUAUGUUGAGUUGAUGAAGGGUGAGAAAGAUGAAUGCAGUGUUUAGGGAUGAAGAACAGCACUUAGGAGCUUUUCAGGUGUAUCUAUUGCUAUUCCUCAUCUCGGUUAAGUCCAUCAUAAAAUUUGUCUUGUGCGAUAUACUAUUUCUAUUUUAGUCAUAUCAAAAUAUUUUAUCAUUCGCCCAGUACACUAGAAUGGGCUUUGGUGGCGAGGCUGGAAUGUGAACGUGUCCCCCUCCAGAAGACCUUGGCUUAACCAGUUUGUAACCACAGUCAGUGUGUGUGACCAGCUGGAGACCUUGACACAAUUAUGGCCUUACAUGGUGCCCCCCCCCCCCCCCCCCUUUUUUUUUUAUGCAAACUUUUCAUUCUUCAUCUGGGCAUGCACACUUAUUUGAUCAUUUUUACCUUUUUCUUUCUGAUGAUGUGCACGAGUUGUAUGACUGAACAUCAGUUGCGAACGGUCUUUGAAAGCUUCAGGAAAUUAGGUUUUUCACUAAAAUAAUGAGGACAGUAGUUACAAGCACUGUGUCCAUGUGUUCAAUACUUAAGUCACUCAUUGCUCACCUGGUUGGGUUACCUCUCUUGUGGGCCCAAGUGUGUGGGGGUGGCCAGUGGCACCCACAAAUACACAAAAAACUUUGUUUUGUGUUUGUACAGGAAAUCUUUUAUUUGGUUGACAAAUUUUGAUCCUUCUUAAUACUGUAUACUUAAAAAAUAGCCAUUUGUAAAAUAGUGACUUUCACUUUUUAUAAUUUGUACACAGUUUCUCAUCCAUGGGUAAAGCCCCCUAGGUCGAGUAAUUGACCAGUUUGGGGCUGGGCUCAACUUGGGAAUAAGUGCAGCAGAUGGGUCCUAGGUGGUGCCAAGGUAGAAAAAAGGGCCGUAGUAGGUUUCAGGUGGAUCCUAGAUGGAACUCGGGUGGAGCUAGUUUGGAACCACUUCUCAGCAUGUUGACAUUAUGGGGUUGGAUGGGAAACAAGGUGCUAAUUGAGGCUUUGGAUGGCAACCCUUCACGUGACUUAAAAUGAGGUAUACUUAAUAUAGACAGCCCAGAGAGAGAUUGACAGUUUACAUAAAACAUUAAAUACUAAACCAUAAUUUAUUUUUUUAAAUAAUCCACAUUGAGUAUUGGAAUGUAUAUUGUAUUUGGAUACAUACUAGAAAGUGUACCAACAGUGGUUAUUCAUUUGAACUUGAUCGUCAUACAAGCUGGUAUACGUAAUGGGUUGUUUGUGUCAUCGACUACAAAGGUUAAUAUGUACGUGUAUAUCAAUGGUUGCUCAGCCAUUUGGGCCAUCCAACUUAAGCUGAUUGUUCAGUGACCCUGGUCCUUGGAUGUGCGUGAUGGUAUACAAAAUAUAGAUAUAGUGGAUGUUGGUCCAUCUUGUUAUACCUGUCUAGGCCCCAGACUUGCCAAUUCCAUGUCCUAUGGGUUGCUGCCUCAGUUGCAAAGAAAUUGGUGUAAGGAAAAUUAUUAUGUAGCUUUAAUUUCUGCAGACAUGCUGUAAAGUGAACAAUUUGAACUUUGUUUAAAGUAAUAUGUAUGCCUAAAAGUUUAAUAAAUUGUUUAGUAUA